UAAAGGAGAAAACAGCCGCUUCCGUGUUGUUCUUGUUAUUCUGGUGAAUAAGUGUCGUUAGUGGAGUCAGAGCUCGUGUGGCAGCCUCCCCGGAGAGAGUUUACCAUGACCCAGUGAAGCUGACUCUCAGAGCUCCACCUUUACUCCACCUUUACCCCGACAUGUCUCUGCUGCAGAGCUCCAAGAAGAAAGACAAGCGCACCAUCCUGUCUGGGACCUGCCCGGACCCCAAAUGUCAGGCGAGGCUCUUCUUCCCGGCUCACGGCUCCGUCAGCAUCGAGUGCACGGAGUGUGGGCAGAGACACGAGCAGAGGAGCCUGCUGGACGUGGAGGAGGUCACAGACCCUGAUGUGGUGCUCCACAACCUGCUCAGGAACGCCCUGCUCGGCGUCACAGGGGCCCCGAAGAAAGGCACGGAGCUGGUGAAAGUCCUGGGACUCUCCAACUACCACUGCAAGCUCCUGUCCCCGGUCCUGACCCGGUACGGCAUGGACAAGCAGACCGGGCAGGCGAAGCUGCUGAGGGACAUGAACCAGGGGGAGAUCUUUGACUGCUCCCUGCUGGGGGACAGAGCCUUCCUCAUCGAGCCGGACCAUGUCUCCACUAUGGGGUAUGGGAAGGACCGGUCAGGGAGUCUGAUCUACCUGCACGACACCCUGGAGGAGGUGAAGAAAGCCAACAGCAGCAGGGAGUGUCUGAUCCCGGUGCAUGUGGACGGGGACGGGCACUGCCUGGUCCACGCCGUGUCCAGAGCGCUGGUAGGAAGAGAACUGUUCUGGCACGCCCUGAGAGAAAACCUCAAACAGAACUUCAAGCAGAACCUGGACCGCUACAAGGCCCUGUUUCAGGAUUUCAUCGACGCCGCCGAAUGGGAGGACAUCAUCAACGAGUGCGACCCCCUCUUCAUCCCCCCUGAAGGGGUCCCGCUCGGGCUGCGCAACAUCCACAUCUUCGGUUUAGCCAACGUCCUGCACCGCCCCAUCAUCCUGCUGGACUCUCUGAGCGGGAUGAGGAGCUCCGGGGACUACUCGGCCACCUUCCUGCCCGGCCUGGUGGCGGAGGAGCAGUGCAGGGGGAAGGACGGGAAGCUCAACAAGCCCAUCUGCAUCGCCUGGAGCAGCUCCAGCAGGAACCACUACAUCCCUCUGGUGGGGAUCAAGAACAGCGUGCUGCCCAAGCUGCCGGCCCGCCUGCUCCCCAAGGCGUGGGGGAUCCCUCAGGAGCUCAUCAGGAAGUACAUCAAGCUGGAGCCCGACGGGAGCUGCGUGAUCGGAGGCGACCGCAGCCUGCAGGACAAAUACCUGAUGCGGCUGGUGAACGCCAUGGAGGAGGUGUUCAUGGAGAAGCACAGCAUCCACCCGUCGCUGGUCGCCGACGUGCACCAGUACGUUUACAGGCGGACCGGCGUGAUCGGCAUCCAGCCCGAGGAGGUCACGGAGGCGGCGAAGAAGUCUGUGAUGGAGAACCGGCUGCACCGCUGCCUGAUCUGCGGAGCGCUGUCCGAGCUCCACGUCCCUCCUGAGUGGCUGGUUCCAGGCGGG